AUGUCCAAUGAUAUCACGCGACGCCUAGAGCUUCGUGAACUCAAUGAGAGGGCCUGGACUGGUGAACUGGUCUACAAGCUUGCAGCGAAACAGGACCUGAGUUUGAAGAAAAACACAGGUUUCGUGAAGAAGCUCAGAACAGCUUUGAACGCAGAUCAAUUCAAGCAUGUACUCAAGGAUGUGGAGACAUUAAGUUUGGAAAAAUACCUGGCAGAGAUUGUCAAUCCCUUGUUUGAAGGUACCAUGAAAGUUUCAAAAAAUGAUGACAUACUACCUACAACAGAGAUAGUCUCUGCGCUUCAUCAGCGUCUCAAUCUCCCAUUCACGCCAUACUACUUAUCGCAGGUGGUGAAUGCACUUGUGGAUAAAGAGCAGCCAGACCUUAUGCCUAAACAGAGGCUGCUUCUAAAGAUCAUCACUGAAUUUCACUUGACUGGAAUCGCACCUUCUCUACAACAGUGUGACCAUGAGCUGCUAUCGUCUGCUUCCCUAAAAUUGUUUACAAAGCAUCCAGACGAUCCAAUCAUUAUUCCUUUGCUCAAGGAUAUCCUAUCAUAUCAAUUCAGUAGGGCAUAUGCUCUUCCUAUCUUGAUAUCAUGGUUAAAGAGAUAUGCAUUUAUAUUUGAUGAUGGCGAAAAGUUGCUCCUACAAGGCGACACACUCAAUCUCGUCAAACAGUUAUGCAAUAUGUAUUUCGAAAAGUCGGUCAAACUUUGGGAAACUCUGCACAAACAAAAAUUGGCACUCGAUCUCAGAAACAAGAAGGCCAUGAUCCGUACAGGCAAGGUGCUCGAUGAUAUCCAGCAAGAGCUAGAGGAAAAAACAAAGGUGGUUGAAGCACUCAAAAAUGGCUGUCCAGUUUUAGCUGAAUUGCUACACACAGAGCUUCCCCAGCUAGACCUUUCCAGCGAACCAGCUGCUAAUGAGUCUGAUGUUGUCGUCAAAGCAAGCACAGAUGACGAUGCUCAAGGCUGGUGGGAGGAUCAACGUGAAAGAAAUUUUUACUUGAAAGUACCCACUGCGGAAGAGGCCGUGCAACUCGGAAGCCGUGAUCUUCAGAAAAAAGAAUACGCCAAGCUCACCGAGGGUGAAAUGGUGGCCCAUUGGCUAGAAAAGCUUGAAAACGCCACAUCUGAGGACGAUAUCAAUAAGCUUACUUGUGAAUUGCAAACAUUAAUACCGCAAACCAAGGCGACACAAAAUCGACUACUACGAUUUUUUCUUGAAGUGAAGAAGAUAGAUAAUGUCAACUUGUUUGCGAGGUUUCUCAAGAUCAACGAGUCUCUUUUUCCAGAGCUAAUAACAGAACUCAUUGAUGCUCUAGACCGUGGUUUUAGAUCUCUGAUCUACAGGGAUGUUAUAAACUUCAAGAACUUGUCGUUCUUCAUAGAGCUCGUGAAGUUCAAGCUCAUCCCAACACAUGUUGUGUUCCAUAAAAUACGAAGACUCACGCUUAACAUUGAGGGUACUAACAAUGCUGACAUUUUGCUGAUCUUCUAUGAGCGUUGCGGUAAGUUCCUUUUGUUUGAACCCGACUAUCAGGAAACCACACGUGAGAUGCUUUCUCUUUUAAGCAAACAGUCCAAGUCUUCAAGAUUAUCUGUCAAUGAAAAAUUGUCAUUGCGUAAUAUGUUCUUGAUUGUGAACUCAUUUACUGCUACGAAGAGUAAAAUAAAACAUGUGGCGGUGGAGUUGUCACCAAUUGAAGAUUUCAUCACACACAUGGUGAGAUUUGUGCUCUGGAAGAACAAAUCACAACUUCCAUCCGCCUUUCUUUCAAAAAUAAAUUUUCAGGGCUGCCCCGAGGCUCGGAACAUUUUCGUCGAGCUCUACCUGAAGCCUGAGGAACUUGGACUCGAUAAGCUUCAUCUAUAUGCAAAAGUUUUAAGACGUCUUGGAUCUGAAAACGUUUGCAUACCUCUCAUCAUUGAUACGUUAACCGAGAAGGUGAUAAGAGGGUUAGAGCUCAAUGAUUACAGGCAGAAUUUGGCUCGAGUUGCACAGAUGAGGUUCUUUGCAGCUCUCUUCACAGCAAGCAUUAUUGAUUUCCGAUGCAUAAUUGACUUACUCUAUAAGGUGGUGACUUUGGGACAUGCAAACAAUCUUCCUUUACCAAAUUCUAGAGUUGAAAUUGAUCUCAAUGAUAACUACUUUAGGAUAAGUUUAUGCUGUGCCCUCAUUAACAACAUCAGUUUCUCGAAAGUUGAUAGGGCACGUCUUCUAGUGGGUGGCACAAAGUCUAUGGAAGGUUUCCUUACUUUCUUCCAGUACUACGUGCUGACUAAGAAACAUCCGCUACCACAAGAGGUGAGUUUCGCCGUGCGUGAUGUUUAUUCCAAGAUGUACAUACAACCCGCUUUGGAUAACCCCAUGCUUGCGCUAUCUUUGCUUCAAAAGUUCAACACGGAGCAAAAGGAUGCUCCAAAACAAGACAAGCCCAUAUUUGUCGAAUCCGAUCAUGAAGAGGAUGAGGAUGAGGAUGAAUAUGACUUUUCAGAUGAUGACGACUCCUCUGUCGGAAGUGACGACGAACUCGUUGAUCAGCAGUUUGAGGAUGAGGAUGAGGAAGCAACUGCUGAAAACAGUGAUGACGAAAAUGAUGAGCUCCAGGACGAGGAUGAUUUAGAUGACGAAGAAACUACACAAGACCUUGGCCAAGACCUGGAUGAGGAAGAGGAUGGACUAGCGCCAUGGAACCAGCAAGAAGAAGAUAAAAGGUUUGCUGACACAAUUGAUGCUGGAAUACGAGAUGCUCUACAGGAGUCGCUUCAUAUAUCACAAGCUCGCUCCAAGGGUAACUUCAAAGUUCCGGCUCCCUCCAAUUUUGUCAAUGCUACUCCCGAAAAUGAACGGUCAUCCAAUUUGAACUCUCCGGACGGUAGAGUCAAGUUUAACUUCCUUUCUAAAAAGAAUAGCGUCAAGGAAAUGCACUUGCCCUCGGACAACAAUUUUGUCAACAGGGUGGUGAGAGAGCAGGCGGCUCAAAAGGCAAACAGAGAUAAGAUCAUCCGGUUGAUUAACAACAUGGAUCAAUAG